GUUCAUUUGUGCUUAAACCAAAUUUCCUUCAGCUUUUCCUAGUUCAACCACCCUCUUUUUUAAAUCAUGUCGUUAUUCAGUUCUGUAUUAGAUGCUCUUUACGCUGCAGUUGGGUGCUGCAUUCCUGAUGCUAAUAUCAGCAUCAAUGGUCGUGCCUAUCGAAUCGUCAAACUGCUAGGCGAGGGCGGUUUCUCAUUUGUGUACUUGGUCGAAGAUGGUUCUGGUAACCAAUACGCAAUGAAGAAAAUCCGCUGCACACUCGGUACUGAAGACGCCAAGGUCGCUCAACGGGAAGUAGAAGUUUAUCGCCUGUUUGAACAUGAUCACAUCAUUCGUAUGUUGGAUACAGCAACGAUAACAGAUAAUGAUGGAAGCACGACGAUUUACAUUUUCCUUCCAUACUACAAGCGUGGCAACUUGCAAGACGCGAUUAGUCGAAACCAGCUUUACAAACGGCACUUUACGGAAAACCAAAUGUUGCACUUAUUCCGAGGCGUUUGUUCAGCAGUGGAGUUUAUGCACGAUUAUAAAGGAGCUAGUGGAGCACGGACAGGUUAUACGACACAAAAUCCGAUUUUGGAUGAUGAAGGGGGAGACCAUCACCAUCAGCAACAACAGCAAACAAAGCCAUUGCUCAGUUCGACUUCACAACAAGAAACAUCCUCAGCAAUUGAAACACAUACUCCCGGCAAGGAAGGAGAAGUGGUACCUUGGGCUCACCGUGACAUUAAGCCAGGUAAUGUGCUAUUAUCUGAUGAUGGUGAAACGCCGAUCUUGAUGGAUUUUGGAUCUGCAUGUCGAGCACGUAUUGAGAUCGACAAUCGACAAGAAGCAUUGAAGCAGCAGGACUUAGCGGCCGAGCACUGUACAAUGCCGUUUAGGGCACCGGAGCUUUUUGAUGUCAAAACGGAAACAACAUUGGAUGAAAAGGUCGAUAUUUGGUCAUUAGGCUGUACUUUGUAUGCCAUGGCUUACGGUCAGUCGCCGUUUGAAGUGAAUAGUGAACAAGGAGGUUCUGUCGCGCUAGCUGUUUUGAACGGUCAGUUCAAGUUCCCCACCGAUCAUGAAGUGGCCAAACUGUAUUCGCCCGAGUUUAAAGAUUUCAUUUCAUGGAUGCUGACAUCAGAUCCAAAGACGCGCCCAGACAUACAUCAGGUAAUCGACAGAACCGAAGAGUUACUGAAGCGAAGACCUCAAGAAAGCUCGGCAUAAGAGAAGCUACCAAUAGAAAGUUAUCCUAAGCGACACCUUUUCUCACUAUAUUGUUCACCCUUUCCUUCCUUGUACUCAUAUCCAUCCCAUAUACGAAAAACAAUGCUUGCAUCAACUCGAUGUCUAUUAUUACCUUGACU